GGAUGAGUCCAGAGGAGGAAGGCUCCCCGGCAGGGCCCCCGGAGCGGGUGCGUAUCCGGGUGGAGGAGCAGUCAUUCUCGGUGGAGAAGGCCUUGCUGGUGGAGAGCAGUGAGUACUUCCGUGCCCUCUUCCGCUCGGGCAUGAGGGAGAGCACGCAGGAGGAGAUCGGGCUGGGGGAGCUGAGCGCAGCCGGGUUCCUCGCCAUGCUGCGGGUGCUGGCGGGCGAGAGGCCCAUCCUUGGCAGUGAGGAGACCUUCCAGGCUGUGCAAUGUGCUGCCUUCCUGCAGGUGAAGCCCUUGGCCAAGUACUUGAUCCACUCCAUCAACUCUGACAACUGCAUUCUGCUGUACCAAGCCGCUGCCAUAUUCGGCCUCCUGGAUCUCUUCCACUGUGCUGCGCUCUUCAUCAGGGACAGCUACACUGAGCUGGAGGAGUACCUGGACUGCCUCUCCGAUGACCUGCUGGCCUAUGUGGAAGCCCUCCUACCCAGCACCUUUGUGGCAGUGGGAGCUCACACACCCACCUUCGAGUUCUUGGAGGACCUCUCCAGGACCAUCUGCUACCUGGACGAGGAGACCAACACGUGGAGAACCCUCUCCUGCCUUCCGCUGAGUGCCAGCACAUUCCUAGCCGGCAUGGCAACCAUGGAUAAUAAAAUCUACAUCGUGGGCGGCGUCUACGGGGCCAACAAGCAGGUGGUGGAGAGCAGCUUCUGCUAUGAUGCUGAUGACAACACGUGGAGCGAGUUCCCCAGCCCUCACCAGCUGCGCUACGAUGUCAGGCUGGUGGGCCACGAGGGCUACCUCUAUGCCAUCGGUGGCGAGUACGAGAAGAUCUCGCUCAAGUCCGUGGAGAGGUACGACCUGGCCUCCAGCACCUGGACAUUUGUCUCUGACCUGCCACAACCGAGCACGGCAGCGCCCUGUGCCCAAGCCUUGGGGCAGAUCUUCGUUUGCUUGUGGCAGCCACUGGACACCACUGUCAUCUACGAGUACGAGACCCAGCAGGAUGCGUGGCUUCCCGUCACCGAGCUCAAGCGGCACCAGAGCUACGGGCACUGCAUGGUGGCCCAUCGUGACAACCUCUACGUCAUGCGCAACGGCCCCUACGACGACUUCUUGCGUUGUGUCAUCGACUGCUUCAACCUGACAUCGCGGCAGUGGAGCGCCCUGCCCGGGCAGUUCAUGAACAGCAAAGGAGCUCUCUUCACUGCUGUGGUCAGGGGUGACACCAUCUACACUGUCAACAAGAUGCUGACACUGCUCUACUCUGUGGAAGAGGAGACCUGGAAGCAGAAGAAGGAGCGGGCAGGUUUCCCCCGCAGUGGCUCCCUGCAGACCUUCCUCCUGAGGCUGCCAAGACGUGACCAUGAUAUCGCAACGUAGCUGGUCCCCUGUCCCAUGUCAGGAUGCUCUCCUUGCACAUGGCCUCAGCUCUGCACUCACUGCUCCCUGGGCUUAUCUCCUCUAUGGAGCUGUGCUCAGGUCCAGGGAUGCAUCAUGUUGGACCUUGGAGGUGACAUGAGACCCUGCCAGAGGGACAGGGCAGCUGCUGUCUGCCUCUUCCUGCCCUGCACAGGCACAAAGUCCUGUCAGUCAUGAGCUCACAAGCAAGCUGUGUGCAGGACAUUGUGGCUUCUGCAGAGAACAGAUACCACAGAGAUGCAAACAUGGCAUUUAUUUAUUCUGAUUGCACUCUGAGGGUGUGCAGCAUUCCACCUCCUCUCUGCCUUGAUGGGAAAUCAUUCAUUACAUGCCGGAAUUAAAAGGAAAGCUAUAGAAAAGCUUCUCAUUACUGUGUUUUUCAUUACUCUUGGGUUUGGGGUUUUUUUCUCCCGUGCUUCUGAAGGAAAAUACCUCCUAACGGGGAUCUGUGUCAGGACUUGCUUCUGCCCCUUAAUGCUUUUUCAGCUGCAGCUCAGUUUCAGAGCCUUAACGUGGGAGUGCGGUUCCCACACAGUCUCACACUCCCCUGGGGAUUCUCUGUGGCUGCAGCGGGGUCCUGGGAGGAGGAGGGGAGAUGGGGACUGAAGAAAAGCAGCUCCUGGGCAUCAGGUGCUUAAUGUGCCAAAGGUUUUCUGGGACCUGGGAACCAUCAACCUAACCCCCUCAGGCCCUAGGACAGACCCAACGGGGUGGCAAGUGCUGGCCCUCAGCAGAGACUUGCUUGAGCCAAGUCAGGAUCUUUUGAGGACAUGGCAAAGCUUGGAAGCACAGAGAGUGCCAAAAGGGAAUGAGGGGGAGGGAGCCAUUACAUGGUAAUACCAGGCUUGCAGAGCUCCACAGCCAGAGGAGAUGUUCCCAUUAGAUCCCACCACCUGGUGUUGAGAGUUCACAGCCCUCUGGAGAAGGCUGGGGAGCACAGAGCUCCCCUUUGUGACCACAGAGACCAGGGCAGCAGCAAACCCAGAGCCCAGCUCAGCUGGUUUCCCAUCCAUGGGGCAGCUUUGGGCUGCCUGUGCUGUCCAGGCCGGGAGGGAGAGGAAGGGAUACCAGCUGGGAUGCCUCAAAUACCUCCGCUGCUGAUCCUCGCCAAGUUCUCAGCAUUUUCAAAACAGUUCCCGCAUUUGAGAAUAAACCCACUCAACACAACUGCAAACCAAAACAAACCAGAAAACCCCAGCUUGCACCCACAGCCAGAUGGAAAACCACUGGAUGUAUCUUGUCCCCAUUUGCUUUCUGCCACUGGGCCAGGUCACCACCCUGAUGUCACCUGGGAGGGGACUGCUGCUGGUGGAGCUGCAGGUCUGGUGGUGGCACAGGGGAGGCAGGGGACACUGACAGACCUGUCCCAGCUCUGCACUGUGGGCACUGUGAGCUGAGCAGCAUUGCAGUCCCCAGGUGGAAUGUUACAGCAACCCAUCAAAUCAAAUCAUUGUCCCCUUCCCAGACAAAGCCAAUUAACGUUUCAUGUUGUCUUCUCCUGGGGGCAGCACAUGGAAACAUGUUGCUUUAAAACAAUUUUAAGCUGAACAAACAGCUUAAACAUCCAUUAAAAUGAAGUUAAAAUAAUUCUGUUACUAAAAUAUUUAUGUUGGGCUCCUGUGGCCAGCCCUGGACCACAGAACUUGGCAGGCUCACCCCUUCCCUCCAGCUCCAACACCAAGUGAUACAACCUCCUCCCCACCUCCACAUGCUGCUUCUUGACAGUUCAGGGGUUUACAAAGAUAUUUGUCAACAAAAUGCAAAAGGUUUUAAGAUUUUAAGUGUAGCACUUGAGGGAAAGUGUGAGUCUUGGCAGGCAGCUGAGUAUGGCACGGAUGCUCCCAAGAGCCAUUUGUGGCAUCCAUCAAUCCAGACUGUGAUCCAGAAAGCAACACAAGAUAAUUGUAGGUGCAAAGGGAGGAAAAAAGACACA